GAUUUCUCAUAGUCCUUUUCACAAAAUAAACCACAAUGUCCCGAGGAAGCUUUCUCUGUCUUGCAAUCCAAGAAUUAACUCUAUAUAUUUUAUCAAUUUGGUAAGCUACCUCUUGGGGUCCGCUUCAAUAAAUUCAGCCAAUGCUUCUGAUAUAAUUUUUCUUAAGUCUUCCCCACGCUCUUCUCGCAUACCACGAAUUCUAAGAGCUCCUUCCAUAAGUUUAUAUUGUAAUAUCACAACCUGAUCUUCAUUUUGAUCCACUUUUUUCUGAACACCUUUCAUUUUGUCUUCUAAAUGCUUAUUUGACUGAGAGAUCUGUUGCAUUUCCACUUCCAAUCCUUCAAUUUUUUUACUCAGUCCUUGAACUGCCAUAAGAAUAUCUUCUCUUAUUUUUGCAUUAAAAUUCUCCAUCAUCUCUUUUGCCUAUCUUCAGAAAGUUUUAAUUGUUCUUUCAAUAUUUCCUCAAGACUUGGUUCAGAUCCCCUUCUUCCAGAAGGCUUUAAAGGUUUAGCUGCCAUUCUGUCUUCAAAAGAAUCAGGAAUUCAAACUUAAUAACUCUCCUUCCCUCCUUUCAGUAUAAAAAAACUCCGUUUGUAACAAUCCACAAGUAACGCUGCUUCAUCGUACUAAAAAAUUUUUACUUUCACUUUUAGACGCCAUUUUAAAAGUCAAUUAAUCAAAGACAAAGAAAGGUUUCAAGUUUCAAAAAGGGAGUCGGUACUUGCCGUGCUGAUUCUGCAUCAAAGUUCGAACGCUUGUGAAAUUCCCGUCUGCUUGGAAUAUCAAUCAAUUUAAUAAGUCCUCUAGAGCAGAAGCGACAUUCCUCUCCUUUUCCCUGAUAAAAACAGGGGCGUGCUGAAGUUGGAAGGAGUGGAAUUCGGUGGGGUCAUAAAUCCAGGAAAAUUCGCUCUUGAGAGCAAACCCCCUGUCAGACCUGCCACUCUUCCACAAUUCUGAUAACCUCUUUCACCCAGAGAUUAUGCUAAGCUCAGUGAACAGUGAUUUAUUUUCUGUUUCACUGACUUUUACAAUCUUCUAACACGGAGUGCUCUUUUAGAGCACCCAGCAGGAGGGUGACGUCACUGGAGCCCAAAGUCUCAACAUCUUUUUUGCAACGUGGUAACCAAAAAUGGAUGCAGUAUUUCAGGUGUGGUCUCACUAAGGCUUUAUAAAGUGGUACUAAUACUUCACAUGAUUUUGAUUCUAUGCCUGUUGAUACAACCAAGCUUUUUUGGCUGCUGCUGCACACUGUUGGGUCAUGUUUAUCUACUAGGACUCCAAGGUCCCUCUCAUAGUUACUGUUUUGGAGCCAGGUUUCGCCUAAUCUGUACUUGUAUUUUUGUUUUUUUUCUGCUUAAGUGUAAAAUCUUGCUUUUCUCCACAUUAAAUUUCAUUUUGUUGGAUAGGGCCCAUUGUUCAAGUAUGUCAAGAUAUUUUUGGAUCCUGAGCUUGUUUUCUGGGAUGUUGACUAUUCCUGCCAGUUUAGUGUCAUCUGCAAAUUUGACGAGUUCCCCUUUUAUCCCCUCUUCUAAGUCAUUAAUUAAGAUAUUGAAGAGUACUGGGCCUAAGAAGGAAUCUUUUGUUACCCCCCGCUUAUUUCCCUCCAUGUAGAUGUGGUACCAUUAAGGACUACUCGUCGAAUAAAGUUUGUCAGCCAGUUACAAAUUCAUCUGGUGAUGAUGCUGUCUAUCCCAUUUUUCUAGUGUACGAAUAAGUAGGUUGUGACUGCAAAGAAUGCAUUAAAUAAACAGCUUUCUAUCUGUUGCCUGUUACUUCCUUGCCAUUUUCUCUCUUUAAUGGACCUACUGCUUCCUUAACUUUCUUUAUGUUAUUUAUAUGUUGAAAGAAAUUUUUUUUGUAUUAUCUUUGACUUUUGUUGCAAGUCUUUGUUCAUUCUGAACCUUUGCUUUCCUGACUUCAUCUUUACAGAUUCUGGCUAUCUGCUGAUAUUCUGCCAUUAUAUGUCCUUUUCCACUUUUUGUACUUGUCCUUUUUGUUUUUCAGUUUUUCAGAGAUAUUUGUGCAAGCAUGCUGGUUUCUUUUUGGAUGUCUUGCUUCUUUUUCCCAGUGGUAUUGUGCUGGAUUGGGCUCUUAUGAUCAUAUUUUUCAGUUUCCCACACUUCUUGAAUUGUUUUCCCUUUGAAGAUUUUCAUCCAUGGAAUCUUUCUUAGUCUGCCUCUGAGUUUGUUAAAAUCAGCUCUUUUAAAGUUUAAGAUAUUGGUUGGAUUAUGUUCUGUUGCUUGUAUUUGAAUUAUACUGAAUUCCAAUAUGAUGUGGUCACUCUUGGCCAAAGUUCCAGCAACUUCAACUCCCCCUAUCACUUCUUUGUUACUAAGAAUUAAAUCCAAUAUAGCUUUUCCUCUAGUUCCCUCUUCUAUCUUUUGGAUGACAAAAGAUAGAAGUUGUCAGUUAGGUUGGUUAGGAAUCUGUUCAAUCUCCCACUUGCUGCAGAGUUUGUCUCCCAGUUGAUAUCAGGGUAGUUAAAGUCUCCCAUUACUACUGUGGUGUGUUUCCUACAUACAUUUAUUAAUUUUUUAGCAAAGAGUUCAUCUAUUUCUUCUGUUUGGUUGAGUGACCUGUAGUAUACGCCUAUAUUUAUUUAUUUAUUUAAUAUAGCAGUGUCAUUCUUUUUUCCUUUUAUUGUUUAUUGGAAUGAUGAUAAAUAACUCAGUAAAAGGGACAAUCUAGAAUAUUGAUUUCAAGUCAAAUAAUAAAAUGUUAAAGUAAUCUAUAGUAGCACCAUUAUUUUUAGGAUCUUGUACAAUUAUGGGUGGUAUAUUACAAAAAAUGAAGUUGAAAAAAGAGCAGCUCAGAGAUAGGAGCUGAUGAAAUUCUAUUAUAAAUGGUAAUUUUUUUUCUCUCAGGAAAAAAUUACAUGAUAACGUUUAUAAAAUUCCAUAUUAAUGAAAGAUUGUAUACAUUUAAAAUUAAUUCUUUAAUAAAGACUGAAUGCUAAUAAAUAUAGUGACUGGAAGUUGAAAAAAAAUCCCACAAGAAAAAUAAAAAUUAAUUUUGUAUAUUGUAUUUUUAACAAGAAUACAUGUCCAUGGUCAAUUCCAAUUUGAAGGCAAUUUUAUUGUAGUACACUGCAGCAAAAGCAAAAGGGUGAAGGCAGACAUCUGUGCACCUGUCUUCCGCUCCUUAAACUCAAUGUUUUUUUGUUCUGCAGGAUCACAAUUCACCUAUGGAAGGCAACCAUGCAAACUUAGGAAAUGAUGUAGCUGUUUAAUUUUUUCAGACAAGGCAUAACUAAAAUAUGACUAGCAUAGUUCAUAUGUAGUGAAUUUCAUCAACUGUGAUGGAGAAGACACUACAAUACAUAAAAUGGUGACUAGACAACCCACAACUUUUUUGCUCAUUGUUUCAGAGAUAUUUCCUUAUCUAAACAGAGAAAUAGAAUGAUCACAGGCAGGCAAAAAAGCAGUGGGAGCAGGAGCAACUUCUGAUGUCUGCUGGUUUCGCCAUUGACUUUCUUUGUAGGAAACAGAAAUCCAUUUUAGUAGUUAUAGUUCCUAGGCAAAUUAUUAUUAUUAUUAUUAUUAUUAUUAUUAUUAUUAUUAUUAUUAUUAUUAUUAUUAUUAUUAUUAUUAUUAUUUAUUCGAUUUUUAUACCGCCCUUCUCCCGAAGGACUCAGGGCGGUGUACAGCCAAAAGUAAAAACAGGCAAUACAAUAUACAAUUAAAAUACAAAUUAAAAAACUUAUUUUAUAAUUGGCCUAAAAAACUUUAAAAUAUAUAAAACUAAAACCCCUUAAAAUUAAUAAUAGAAAAUUUAAAAUCAAUAAAAUUUAAAAUCAAUAAAAUUUAAGCCAGCCCAGCGCGAAUGAAAAGAUGUGUCUUCAGUUCGCGGCGGAAGGUCCGAAAGUCAGGUAUUUGGCGUAAACCCGGGGGAAGCUCGUUCCAGAGUGUGGGAGCCCCCACAGAGAAGGACCUUCCCCUGGUGGCCACCAGCCGACAUUGCUUGGCGGACGGCACCCUGAGAAGUCCAUCUGUGAGAGCGUACGGGUCGGUGGGAGGCAUGCGGUAACAGCAGGCGGUCCCGUAAGUACCCAGGCCCUAAGCCAUGGAGUGCUUUAAAGGUAGUGACCAAAACCUUAAAGUGCACCCAAAAGGCCACAGGUAGCCAGUGCAGCCUGCGCAGGAGCGGUGUUAUGCGGGAGCUACGCGAAGCUCCCUCUAUCACCCGCACAGCUGCAUUCUGGACUAACUGAAGCCUCCGAGUGCACCUCAAGGGGAGCCCCAUGUAGAGAGCAUUACAAUAAUCCAAGCGAGAGGUAACGAGCGCAUGAGUGACUGUGCACAAGGCAUCCCGAUCAAGGAAGGGGCGCAACUGCCGAACCAGGCGAGCCUGGUGGAAGGCCCCCCUGGAGACGGCCGUCAAAUGAUCUUCAAACGACAGCCGUUCAUCCAGGAGGACACCUAAGUUACGCACCCUAUCCUUUGGGGCCAAUAACUUGCCUCCAACAGUCAGCCGCAGCUGCAGCUGACUGAAUCGGGGUGCCGGCAUCCACAGCCACUCCGUCUUGGAGGGAUUAAGCUUGAGCCUGUUUCUCCCCAUCCAGACCCGUACGGCUUCCAAACACUGGGACAGCACUUCAACAGCUUCAUUGGGGUGGCCCGGGGUGGAAAAGUACAGCUGGGUGUCAUCAGCGUACAGCUGGUAUCUCACCCCAAAGCCACUGAUGAUCUCACCCAAUGGCUUCAUAUAGAUGUUGAACAGAAGGGGCGAGAGGAUCGACCCCUGGGGCACCCCACAAGUGAGGCACCUCACGGUCGACCUCUGCCCCCCUGUCAACACCGUCUGCGACCGGUCAGAGAGAUAGGAGGAGAACCACCGAUAAACGGUGCCCCCCACUCCCAAUCCCUCCAACCGGUGCAGCAGGAUACCAUGGUCGAUGGUAUCAAAAGCCGCUGAAAGGUCUAAUAGGACCAGGGCAGAGGAAUAACCCCUGUCCCUGGCCCUCCAGAGAUCAUCCACCAAUGCGACCAAAGCUGUCUCCGUGCUGUAUCCGGGUUGGAAGCCGGACUGGAACGGGUCUAGAUAGACGGUUUCAUCCAGGUAUUGGGGUAGCUGUCUAUACACCACAGCCUCUUUGCUGUUUCAAAAGGCUAGCGAUAGACUCGUGAUUAGAAAGUGACCAGCAUCCCCUAAAAUGAACUACUAACAUCUUAGAAACAUGUAAGAGCUGAAACAAUUUACCGUUGUAUUCUUGAAAAUAACUAUUCUGAGGUGCAAUUAAAUGGAAAAUUAAUGUAAUUACACUUGUUAACUGCAUGGAAGCCCCAGAAACUAUAGAAAUUUUUGUACACCUGUUAUAAUAAAUCCCUAAGACCACAUUUAGCAUGGUAUGGAAUAUUAAUUGUUAACUAAACUGGUUUUCAACAAAGGAUCAAAUCAGUUUAUUUUUAUUUUAUAUCUAUUAAUGCUUUAGAUUUAUCACCCAGGUAUUGUCAUUGUAAUAGAAUGUCCUAUGAUUUAUUCUGCUAAGUAUAUUAUUGUAUUUAUUUGUUUCACUUUGUUUUUACAUUUUGCUUGUUAUUGACCAAAUAUUGAUUGAUUGAUUUGUGUCUUUUGAAGGGAGUUUUAUGAAAAAAAUCAUCCCUCAAUUUGUUGUAAACCCUACUUAGGUUUUCUUUACUUCCUCUAUUACUGUAAUAAACAAUUUGUGCUUCAGUGAAAGAGUGUCUAAUGAACCCUUUCAUAAAUAAAAUUUGUGGGAAAUUGAUGAGAGAAAUCUCUUACACUGUACCUCAAUAUAUUUGGCUUCCAUUAAUUUUUUUCUUUUAACAACAAAGUAGAUUACAACAAUUUUUUUCUUUUACAACGAAGUAGAUAAUUCAGAGGUCUGAGCCUCUCUUAAUGAGCUUUGUGGUUGAGUGAAAUAUGAACCUUCAUCUCAAUUAGAUGUUAAUAUCCUUAAUCACAAUAAUAUAUGGCUCCCUAAACUAGCUAGGAAAAGGAUUGUGCACAAAUACAGGCUGUGCACUGAGAUGAGUCUGUAUACUGUAGCACUAUACUGUAGUCCCAACAGUUGAAAUACACAUUGCCAAAUUAUUAUUUUUUAUAUUUAAUAAUGUAUCCUUUGCCAAAUCGAUUUAAAUUCAGAAUAAAAGUUGAAUCAUGGAAUCUGAAUUGAACUUCCAAGUCAAAUCUUUGCCUUGCUGGAUAACAAAUAGCUACCAGAUUCAAGAAACAAAGAUAUGGUCUGUAGUAUUGUUUAAAUAGCCUAAAAAGGCAAUCACUAUUGCUAUAUUGUGAAGCUCCGGUUCUGAAUUUUAAAAGCAUGAUCAUUUGCUUUUAAGACCAGCACAAUGUAUAGAAUUGUGAUUCUUGUAGAGUAACAAGAAUAAGAUUAUUUGGGUUUGGAAAGUAAUCAAGAAAAGAUCCAGAAAUUCAGCAAAUAAACACAUUUUUAAACAAUGCCACAGUCAUGAGGUAUCUGGACUGUGGGCAGAAGUAUAGAUUAAGGUUGAAUUUUGCAUGACUUUUUUUGUGUGUCUUCAAGUCAGUGUUGACUCUUCAUGCCUGCCUAGACAAGUCCCUGCGGUUUUCCUGGCAAGAUUUCAGAAGUAGUUUGCCAUUGCCUUCUUCCUAGAGCUGAGGGGGUGACUGGCCCAAGGCCACCCAGCUGAUUUUGUGCCUAAGGCAGGACUUAGUUCUAACUAUCUCCCAGUUUCUAGCUUUUAUCCUUAACCAUUACACCAAGGCUAUACCAAAAUAACUACCUUUUUUUUCAGGGGGGAAAUAAACCUUAUAGACUGGCAAAUCUCCAGCAACUUCCUGAAAUACCAGUUGUGAGGCUUCUGCUGUCUUUUUAAACAGUUUAGUUAUAAAGUGCCCGGGAGACCAAUCUUGUAAACAAUGCAAUGUGUACCUAUGUUGUUUUUGUUGCUGGGCAAUCCUAUGCUUGUGAAAUUCUACUGUAAGUGUAAGCAGAAAUCAAUUUAGGGGUGGGUUUCUUUGCAGAAUUUGUAUAAUAUUGGGAAAUAUCUACUGCCUCAAUUUUCCUGUGAAGAAGAGGAUGAGUAAUCAAGAUGUAAUUGUUUUAAAUGUGGGCGGGCUUAAAUUUACCACAAGAUCUUCUACACUACGAAGGUUCCCUGAGUCAAGAUUGGCAAGAAUGUUGAAUGGAAAUGACCCUGAAUUUAAGUUGCUAAAUGGCCAGUAUUUUGUGGAUCGUGAUGGAGUUCUGUUCAGCUAUAUUUUGGAUAGCUUAAGAACACUCCAGCUUGCCCUACCUAGUGACUUUGCAGACUACAAGAGAUUGCAGAGAGAAGCUGACUUCUAUGAACUUUAUUCUGUAGCUGAUCUACUACAUCAGGAAAAUUUGCUGAAACCCAAACCAGAGAUCUUAGAAAUACGAUUCUUGCUCCAAGAAAUGCAGGGCUUUUUCCGCAUAUUUGGUUCCUGCAGCAUUACUAUUGAUGAGCUGGCUGACCGGAUCACAACCUUUGCAGAAAAUUUUGUAGGAAUGAACUGGAAAAGUCAUCGUGUCCCUUCUCAGCAGUCACUGUCUCCCCUUUCUUUGGAGAGGCCUUCUCAUCAUGAUCUUGUCUUCCAGUGUGGCAUCACCUACAGCGAUCAAUCUCUUGCAAGAUAUGUUUCUAUAAAACCUGAUAAGAGGAAGCUGUUUAAUGGAGCUAAUGUUCUUGGACUACUGAUUGAUAUCUUACUCAAAGAUGGAUUUCGUUUACUAAGUUCUAGGACUGUUUCAGCUGAGGAAAAAAUUGAAUGUUAUUGUUUUGAAAGAAUGAGAUCACCCGAGAUCUUUACCAUCAAUAUCACACAAACAAAAAGAGCUACUACUAUGCAACCAUCAAAACAAAUCCAGAUGAACAGGACCAAAUGAUACAAUUUUUUAAGAAAUAUUGUAUGAAGUAUAAAGUUGUAUGUUAUCCUGUCUCUUCUUGGGGAUUUGGAUGGCCAUAUAAAUGUGAUAAAUAAAUAAUCAAUUAUAAUUGAAAACGAGCAAAAUUCUUGUUUGCAGCUUAGAAUUUUUUGAAGAUUUUUGUUACUGAAAUGACAAUUAGGGUAAAUUUAGGGAUAGAUUAUCAUUGGCCACAGCUCCAGCCAUUACAACUAAUGGUUUAAGAUAAUCAGAAUUAUUAUUAAAACCUGGAGGUUCACAGGUUAUUCAGUUCUGUUGUAAAGAUUUCAAUCAAUUAAUUCCCUUAUUGGUCAUGUCUCAACUUAUUUUUCCAACAGUCAUCAUCAUUUGAUGCUCAUGGAAGCAGUCUCUGGCAGGAUGUGGUGAUAUUGACUUUGGAGAUUUAUUAAUAUUGACAUUUUUAUUUAUUAAUCCCACUCCACACAAGUAUUUUCUGUUCUCUUUAGUUCUACUUAGAAUGUUGGCAAUAUUGCAUACUUCAAUUUUUCAAUGUAAAUACAGUAGUGUAACAAUGGAAUCCAUACUAACACACAGUGUACAUUUCUAAAAAUUUCGAUCAGGUGCAAAAGACCAGGUCCAUACAUGGAGGUUCAAUUAAACUGAUUUACUGCUAACAGUCUCUGUACAGGAAUCAAAGCAGGUUGGCAUCUGCUUAGAGUUAGAUAUGGGUCAAUGGCACGCAAGGGGAAUUGGACUUAAUUCUCAUGCCAACAUAGGGACUCUAGGCCGAUCCACUUUUCACUCCACCCCCCAGGUUCUACUAUUUCUUCUCCUACAAUUUCAGUCUUAUUCCAAAUAUUAAAAAUGUACAAAUGUAAUUUUUUGUCCUUAUUACAGUCAUGCUCAUGCUUUAGUUGCUAUAUCUUGGGUGGAAAUGACUUCAUGUGGAGUUUGCCUCACGAUUUAGCAAUUUAAUAUUUGGACAAAUGAUAUUUUCAAAAAUAGUGUACAUGUAAUUUUCUUUUGUAUUUAUUACCUGCUACUAAACUUAUGUAGAGAUUUAUGUAAUAAGACAUGUCUUUUAUAAUUUCCAUAGGGGAUACAUAGACACUGUAAAAUAUCUAUGUGUGUGUGUUAAAAAUGACUAAGUGAUACCUACACAAAUUAACAAGAAAUGCAUGUGAAUUAUCUUACAAGUUAUAUGAAAACAGUGGGAACCCAUUAAUUUGGUGCAUAUCUAUUUCUGACUUAUAGUGCCAGCCUCAUUUGGUUACUCAGAAUACAUUCCAUUCUCUGAUUUAAAAUGAUAUUCCAUUCUGAUUUUUGAUGAGAAUGUGAUAAAAUAUUUUUCUUCAAUUUAAAGAUCUUGUGGAAAGUAUGAAGGCAAGCAGGGCAAAGUCAAUCAUGAAAGUUAUUGGUAGGGCUACCAGAAAUGAGUUGCAAAAAUCUAGAGUAGACUCAGAAUGCAUUAAAGAAGUACUGAAAACUCUGCUGCCAUCUCGUGGUCAUUUGAAAUUUUGCAGACUAGAUCUAGUGACCCUACCAUUACUUAUCUGUGGUCCAAUCAGGCAGAAUUUCUCAAGAUAAUCUGUCCUAAUCCAUGUAUUCCAAAACUCUUGAUUUCAGCAGUCAAUCUACUUCAAGAGACUUGCUGAAGAAUAGAACAGCCUUACUUCAACUGCACAAUUGAUAUUGGAGAUUCAUUCUAGUCUCUAUAAUUUUUUAACUUUCUCAUCCGCUAUGUCUUCCUGCUUGUAAAGCUUGCAAAGAAGUUUUGUAUUAUUUCAUUUUUUUCUUCUCGUUGUAUUAUAUCAUUUUCAUCUUGUAGUUGUUGUAUUAUUCUCCUUCCUUUUUCUUUUCUUAAUUUAUAAGCUAACCAUUGUCCUAUUUUAUUCGCAUUCUCGAAAUAGUUUUGUUUUGCUAUCCUAAUUUUCUGUGCUAUUUCUUUUUGUGUUAUCAAAUUAAUCUUAUGUUUCAUAAUAUUCAAUUUUUCUUUUAUCUUUUUGUUUUGUGGGUCUUUUUGUACUUCAUAUUCUAUUUUUUUAAUUCUUCCCACAAGCUUUCUAAAUUGAUCUCUCUUUUCUUUAUUUUUCUUGGAAUUAUAUGCAAUGGUCAGUCCCCUUAUAAAGGCUUUUGUGGUAUCCCACAGAUUUUGUAUUGAAGUAUCCUCCUUUUUGUUGUAUUUGAAAAAAUAUUUUCAAUUCACUCUCUAACAUCUGUAUCUAUUUUUUAACUUUGCAUAAGUUUUGGUUCGUUUUCCAUCUUUUAUUUUGUUUCUGGCCCUUCCAUUCUAAUGUAAUCGGAUUAUGGUCUGCCCAAUUGUUUUUCAACUUCGAUU